AAUAGAUCAGUUAACUCGCAACACGUAAUGUCGACUUUCAAGGACAAAGUAAUUAUUGUGACCGGCGCCAGCUCUGGCAUUGGAGCAGCGGCAGCUGUCCAUCUAGCCAGUUUGGGCGGCCUGCUCACCAUCGUUGGACGCAAUGUGGACAAGCUAAAGGAGACAGCGGAUAAUAUUCUGGCUGCCGGUGGCGCUGCUCCGCUGCAGCUGCAGGCGGACAUGGACAAGGAAGCGGAUGUGGAACAAAUUGUUAAGGCUACGGUGGCCAAGCACGGACGUAUCGAUGUGCUGGUCAACAACGCGGGGAUAUUAGAAAGGGGCACCAUUGAGAACACUUCCUUGGGUCAGUACGAUCGCGUAAUGAACACCAAUGUGCGUGCUGUAUACCAGCUAACCAUGUUGGCUACACCAGAGUUGGUUAAGACCAAGGGCAACAUUGUCAAUGUGUCCAGCGUGAAUGGCAUACGCUCCUUUCCCGGCGUUUUGGCUUAUAAUAUCUCUAAGGCAGCCCUGGACCAGUUCACACGCUGCGUCGCCCUGGAGCUGGCUGGCAAGGGCGUCCGCGUGAACUCCGUCAACCCUGGUGUGAUUAUCACGGAAAUACACAAGCGUGGUGGUAUGGACGAGACAGCCUAUCAACAAUUUCUAGAGCAUUCGAGGACCACGCAUGCCUUGGGUCGGCCCGGUGACGUAAAGGAAGUGGCCGCAGCCAUUGCGUUUUUGGCCAGCGAUGCUGCCAGUUUUACUACGGGAGUUACCCUGGCCGUAGAUGGCGGCCGACACGCUAUGUGUCCACGUUAAAAUUGUAUCUUAAAGCAUGUAUCUUUUGGCAUUUAUUAAAAAUAGAAACAAUACUCAGCAUAAACAAGUCAA